GAAUGCAGCAACUGUUAUUGGUAGUGCUGGUGUGCACCAGCUCAUUUAGUAGCUGCUGUCGGUGAUGCAGCUGAUCCGUCUCUCAAAGACAUGCCAUCCUUGAAGACCUGUCCAAUCAAUACCUCUAAGCCUUCUCACAAUACUCCUAGCCGCAUGCAUCGUUAGAUACCAUCCGCCUAUAGGUUUAGGUGAAUUUUGGAUUGCUCUUCCACUUUAUACUUUUACUUUUCUCUAUGACCCCUUUUGCAUAGUAAUACUAUAGUAUAUCUACUUUUUUCAAAAAAAAUAUACAUGAAAAGGGACAUUGGUUUUCUUGACUUCCUUACUCGUCUCGGUUUUUUUCUUUUUUAAUAUAAAUAUCUGUUGCAUCCCAUGGACAUCUUCAAGAGUCUCGGAUUGUAUUAGGCAUUCAGUGAUUGAAGAAUUCACCAAAUACCAGCCAUGUUCUUCAUAUUUAUUCCAAUUCUUCAGUCCAUGAAGUUUCUAACUGUGAUGUGGUUUUGUGCAUUUAUAAUGGCCACUUCAUAUUCUCUCCAUGCUACUACUGCAUCCUCUGCUUCUCUCACACUUCAACGCAAUGAAGCAAAUUCUUUGCUAAAGUGGAAAGCAAGCCUUGACAACCAAAGUCAAAUUUUGCUAUCUUCAUGGGGUGGCAAUAGUCCUUGCAAUUGGCUUGGAGUUGCUUGUGACCACUUUGGAUCGAUCUGCAACAUAAAUCUUACAGAUAUUGGAUUAAGUGGUACGCUUCAAACUCUCAACUUUUCAUCACUUCCAAACAUCCUCACUCUAGAUAUGAGUAAUAACUCCUUGCACGGAAGUAUCCCUUCCCAAAUUGAGGUGUUGUCCAAACUCACUCAUCUAGAUUUAAGUGACAAUAAUUUCUCCGGACCAAUUCCAUAUCAAAUAACUCAAUUGGCCAGUCUUCAAAAAUUAUAUUUGUCACAUAAUGUUUUCAAUGGUUCUAUUCCUCGAGAAAUAGAUGAAUUAAGGAAUUUGAGAGAGCUUCAAAUUGAAUUUACCAAUCUCACAGGGACUAUCCCAAAUUCUAUUGGAAAUUUAUCCUUUUUGUCGUAUCUUUCUUUUUGGAAUUGCAAUCUCACAGGGUCUAUCCCAAUUUCAAUAGGAAAGUUGAUCAAUUUGUAUUAUCUAGAUUUUACAGGUAACAAACUUUGUGGACAUAUUCCUAAUGAAAUUGGGAAUUUGUCAAACUUAAAGUAUUUGUGGCUCGGAAGUAAUAACUUCUAUGGUCCUAUUCCUCAAGAAAUAGGGAAGUUGCAGAGCCUAGAGAUUCUACAUGCUCAACACAACAAUAUCUAUGGCCACGUUCCUGUGGAAAUUGGGAUGUUACUCAACUUAACAGAUUUAUGGCUUGCAAACAAUAAUCUUUCGGGUUCUAUUCCUCGAGAAAUUGGAAAGCUGACAAAUCUGUAUAUUCUUGAUUUGACGAAUAACAGUUUCUCAGGUACAAUCCCUCCUACAAUUGGAAAUUUGAGCAGUUUAUCACUCUUUUACCUUUAUGGAAACCAUCUAUCUGGUUCCAUUCCUAAUGAAGUGGGAAAUCUCCAUUCUCUUGUCACAAUCCAAUUGUUAGACAAUAAUCUAUCUGGGCCAAUCCCAUCUUCCAUAGGCAGAUUGAUCAAUUUGGAGUCUAUUCGCCUUAAUGGAAACAAACUCUCAGGAUCAAUUCCUUUUGCUAUUGGAAACUUGACAAAGCUCACCAACCUUCUUUUAUUCUCAAAUAAUCUCGGUGGAAAAAUUCCAGUAGAAAUGAACAUGCUAAGCAACUUGGAAAAUUUGCAAUUGUAUGAAAAUAAUUUCAUAGGUCAUUUGCCUCACAACAUUUGCAUUAGUGGGAAGUUGAUGAAGUUUACUGCUAACAGUAACUACUUCACUGGACCGAUACCAAAGAGUUUUAAGAAUUGCACCAGCCUUAGAAGAGUUUGGCUUCAACAAAACCAGUUGACUGGAAAUAUAACAGAUGAUUUUGGUGUCUAUCCAAAUUUGGAUUACAUAGAUUUGAGUGAAAAUAACUUUUAUGGCCAUCUUUCUCCAAAAUGGGGACAGUGCCUUAAUCUCUCAAGCUUCAAAAUCUCCAACAAUAAUUUAUCAGGCAGUAUUCCACUGGAAUUGAGUCAGGCAACCAAUUUACAUGUACUUCACCUAUCUUCGAACCAUCUUAUAGGAGGCAUACCAAAAGAUUUAGGUAAGUUGACAUACUUGUUUGAUCUCUCUCUUGAUCACAAUAAUCUUUCAGGAAUGGUCCCUGUACAAAUAGCAUCUUUGCAAGAUCUUGAAACAUUGAAGCUUGGUGCGAAUAAUUUUACAGGCUCAAUUCCAAGCCAACUUGGCAAUUUGGUCAAGUUGUUACAUUUGAAUUUGAGCCAAAAUAAAUUUGGGGAAAGUAUUCCAUCUGAGCUUGGUAAACUAACCUAUCUUCAAAGUCUUGAUCUUAGCAUGAACUUUUUGAGUGGAAAAAUACCACCAAUGCUAGAGGGGUUGAAAAGCUUAGAAACACUGAAUCUCUCGCACAAUAAUCUUUCGGGCGAUCUCUCCAGCCUCAAUGAGAUGGUAAGCUUGAUAUCAGUUGAUAUAUCAUACAACCAAUUGCAGGGUUCACUCCCUAACAUUCGAGCCUUCAAAAUUGCUACAAUUGAAACAUUAAGAAAUAAUAAACACUUGUGUGGCAAUAUCUCUGGCUUGGAACCAUGCCUAACAUCAAGUGUCAAAUCUCAUAAUCAUAAGACUAGUAAAGUCAUAUUGAUACUUUUACCCAUUGGUUUAGGCACUUUUAUACUAGCAUUAUUUGCCUAUGGAGUCUCAUAUCAUCUUUGUCAAACUUCAAAGACCAAAGAAAACAAGGAUGCACAACCACCUGUCGAUAAUCUUUUUGCAAUAUGGAGUUAUGAUGGGAAAAUGUUGUAUGAGAACAUAGUUGAAGCCACAGAAGAGUUUGACAAUAAACAUCUCAUUGGAGUUGGAGGACAAGGUAGUGUUUUCAAAGCAAAAUUGCACACAGGUCAAAUUGUUGCUGUGAAGAAACUCCAUGCAGUCCAAAAUGAAGAAAUCUCCAAUGUUAAAGUUUUAACAAGUGAAAUUCAAGCUUUGACAGAAAUUCGGCAUCGUAACAUUGUGAAGUUAUAUGGGUUUUGUUCUCAUUCACAAUUCUCAUUUUUAGUAUUCGAGUUCUUGGAAAAUGGGAGUGUGGAUAAGAUUUUAAAAGAUGAUGAACAAGCAAUUGCAUUUGAUUGGAACAAGAGGACUAAUGCCAUUAAAGGUGUAGCAAGUGCUUUAAGCUAUAUGCAUCAUGAUUGUUCACCUCCAAUUGUUCAUCGAGAUAUAUCAAGCAAAAAUGUUCUUUUAGAUUUGGAGUAUGUGGCUCAUGUCUCAGAUUUUGGAACAGCUAAGCUUCUUAAUCCUGAUUCAACCAAUUGGACCUCAUUCGUUGGCACAUUUGGAUAUGCAGCUCCAGAACUUGCAUUCACAAUGGAAGUAAAUGAAAAAUGCGAUGUGUAUAGCUUUGGGAUUUUAGCAUUGGAAAUACUUUUUGGAGAGCACCCUGGAGAUUUUAUAACUUCAUUGUUAACAUCUUCAUCAAAUGCCAUAAGCUCAAAACUUGAUAUUCCUUUAUUAAUGGGUAAGUUAGAUCAACGUCUUCCUUAUCCUAUAAAUCCUAUUGCAGAGGAGAUAGUUUUGACUUUGGGGAUAACAAAUGCUUGCUUGAUUGAAAACCCCCAUUCUCGCCCUACCAUGGAACAAGUGGCCAAGGUGCUUGCGUAGAAGUCAUAUUCAAUACAUUAAUUCCACAUUGUCGAGUAUAUGUAGUUGAAAGAAUAAAUCUACUGGAUAUGUAUGAGAUUAUGAGUUCCAUCCCUAUACUUGCUUUGUAAUUAUGAUAUUAGUCUUCUUUUUUAUUUAUUAUUGUACUUGAAGGUUAAUGUAAUUGAGGAACAAAUGUAUACUAUAGUUCCUAAUUACUCUUUAAUGUUUGAUGAUUAUUCCUUAGUCCGGUAUAUAAUAGGUAGAUUUCUAAGUUUAGUUAA